UCUGUGAGGGUGAGGCUUCUCCGGUCCACGGCUGCGGCCUCUACACACCCACGGCGGCCACAUCUACGCGCACAGCCACCGAUGCGCGUCCAGUGACCAGGACAGCGAGGCCCGCGCGUGGCGGGGGUGGCGGCAGACGCCUGGCCACCGUGACCCCGAUUGUGGAUUUACCGCUCGGGGGGUGGGGGGAGCCUGGAUUUAACUGGCGACUGUUUUGGGGGACUCCGGACGCCAUGUUGUGGAAAAUAACAGAUAAUGUCAAGUAUGAAGAGGAUUGCGAGGAUCGCCACGACGCGAGCAGCAAUGGGAACCCGCGUAUCCCCCACCUGUCUUCUGCCGGACAACACCUUUACAGCCCCGCGCCUCCUCUCUCGCACACCGGGGUUGCAGAGUACCAGCCGCCCCCCUACUUCCCGCCGCCGUACCAGCAGCUGGCAUACUCGCAGUCCGCCGACCCCUACUCGCACCUGGGAGAGGCUUACGCUGCAGCCAUCAACCCCCUGCACCAGCCUGCGCCCACCGGCAGCCAGCAGCAGGCCUGGCCGGGUCGACAGAGCCAGGAGGGCGCUAGCCUGGCCUCACACCACGGCCGCCCUGCUGGCCUGCUGCCCCACAUUUCGGGGCUGGAAGGGGGUGCGGUGAGUGCCCGGCGGGAAGCCUACCGCCGUUCUGACCUGCUGCUGCCUCAUGCGCAUGCCCUGGAAGCCGCUGGCCUGGCAGAGAACCUGGGGCUGCACGACAUGGCUCACCCCAUUGAAGAGGUGCAAAAUGUGGACGACCCGCACCUGCUUCUACACGAUCAGACUGUCAUUCGCAAAGGACCCAUUUCAAUGACCAAGAACCCUUUGGGCCUCCCGUGCCAGAAGGAGCUGGUGGGAGCAGUCAUGAACCCCAGUGAGGUCUUCUGCUCGGUGCCAGGAAGACUGUCCCUGCUCAGUUCCACAUCUAAAUACAAAGUGACGGUGGCUGAGGUACAGAGGCGACUGUCACCACCCGAAUGCCUAAAUGCCUCGCUCCUGGGAGGUGUGCUCAGAAGAGCAAAAUCCAAAAAUGGAGGCCGGUCCCUUCGGGAAAAGUUGGACAAAAUUGGGUUGAACCUUCCAGCUGGGAGACGGAAAGCGGCCCACGUCACUCUGCUCACGUCUCUCGUGGAAGGCGAAGCCGUCCAUUUGGCCCGGGACUUCGCCUAUGUGUGUGAGGCUGAGUUUCCCAGUAAACCAGUGGCUGACUAUCUAACCAGACCUCAUCUUGGGGGUCGAAAUGAGAUGACCACGAGGAGGAGCAUGCUGCUGGCAGCACAGCAAGUGUGCAAAGAAUUCACAGACCUUCUCAGUCAAGACCGAACACCCAACGGGAACAACAGGCCGGCCCCGAUCUUGGAGACCAACAUACAAAACUGCUUAUCUCAUUUCAGUCUGAUAACUCACGGCUUUGGCAGCCAGGCCAUCUGUGCUGCAAUAUCUGCAGUGCAGAAUUAUAUCAAGGAGGCUUUGAUCACCAUUGACAAGUCCUAUAUAAACCCUGGAGACCAGAGUCCUGCUGAUUCCAACAAGACAAUGGAGAAAAUAGAAAAGCACCGGAAAUAA